UGGUCGUCAUUCAGCAGUGACCACGCUGAAGGUUCUCUUACCAAAAUGGAUAUACUAUCAGCAGCCCUAGAUGAAUCGGGUAUAACAGGAGAAGAGGGAUUUGAUUUUGACUUUUCCACACCACCUAGUGUACAACCUUCACAAACUGUGCCCGCUCAGCAAACAUUCGUAAGCACCCAGGCUCCUCUCGUAAAUGGCCAGGGUCAGCCUGUGUUCUCCAAUGCCUUAAAGCAGCUAGCAGCACAAAAUGACAUACCCAUGCCUGCGGUGACCACACAGUUCCAACAGUUUGUGCAGCAAAGCAGGAUCGUAACUGUGCCGUCCAAUGUUGCUCCACCAAACUCACCUGCAGCUAAUGUCAUCCAGCGGUCAGCUUCAAGCCCAUCAGUGAUAAGACUUCCUAAUGGACAGUUACAACAGGUUGUCCCAAACAUUUCGGCAGCAUCAGGCCUGUCAACAAACACACCAGCAGGCAAAAAGAUUAUCACAGUGAAACGAGUCGGUCCAAAUGGAAGCAUAACCCAGAGUCGGUCUUUCACCAUCAGUGCCGAUGCAGCUAAAGGAUUAACUGGCUCGCAAAAGAUUAUUGUUCAGAAAUCAAACGGUGGUACUCAGGUUGUUAGAACAGGGUCCCCUGCUCCAAAUGUGAUUAAACAAACAAUUCCUGGACAUAUUUUGCAACAAACCCGGACACAAGUUAGUAGUCCGUCUUUAUUGCAGACAUUUAAGACAGAGCCAUAUGUGAAAACUGAGCCAGAUGUGACUUACAUCAAAACUGAGCCAGCGGCCACAACAAGCUCUUAUGAAAACCAGUUCAUGCAGUUUACUCAGUCCAGGCAACCCAAUAAUGCAAAGAUUACAGUAAAGCCUGAACCUCUUCGUGUGGAUUACCAAAACAUUUUAAAAACUCAGCCCCAUGUUAUGCAGAUUACAAAACCUCUUUCGACAACAGUGGGCGGUGUUGUCACUCGUACUCUUCCCCAGACAGGGAGACUGGUUUCUAGUCAGUCUGUGUUAAACGCAGGCAGUCCAAGCAUUCGGGUGAUACAGAGGCCAUUCCAAAAUAGUCCUGGGCCGGGACCUCCACAGCUUCAACACAGUAUUUCUGUGCCAACCAACAUGUCAACAUACAGUAAUAUCUCAAACUUUCCACAUAGUUUGUUGAACGAGAGAAACACAGACUCUCCGCCUCUGAUAAUAUCAAGGCAGCCGGGACUUGGUGCAAGUAAAAUGGUGCUUAACAAUCCUUCGUUCGUGAAUGGAUUACCACUAAAUGAACCAUUUGGGAUAUCCUCUCUGUCAGCGAUGCAGCAAAGUGUACACAAUAUUGCAUCUGUAAAAAUGACUGGAAAAGACUUGUCUAGAAUGUGGUCACAGCAGGAUAUGAGAUUAAAAACCUUUACAACAAAUAUGAACUCACAUCAUCGAACGGCGGUUCCGGGCGGCGCAGGUAGUGUGGUGGAGGAGGAGGAAGAAGGGGAAGAUGUUGAGGGGCUGGGAAAGGCAGAGACAUACAAUGAGUACAUGCCCGCUAAAUUAAAACUAGGAAUAAAGCAUCCAGACCCUGUGGUAGAAACCAGUUCCAUGUCAAGUAUCGAACCCCCUGAUAUUUUCUACCGAGUCUCGAUUCCGGAAAGCACAAUUGACUAUGGGGAAUUGUCAGCUCUUCAGCUUGAGUCGAUCACGUAUGCCUCACAGAGACACAGUAUUACACUGCCCAGUGGGGAAAAGGCUGGUUUCCUGAUUGGCGAUGGAGCAGGUGUUGGCAAGGGGCGUACGCUGGCUGGAAUCAUCUUUGAAAAUUACCUAUUGGGAAGGAAGAGAGCUAUAUGGCUGAGUGUUUCCAAUGAUUUGAGGGUUGAUGCUGAGAGAGACCUGAGGGAUAUUGGUGCAAGCAAGAUCGAUGUUCACGCUCUCAAUAAGUUCAAGUAUGCCAAGAUCUCUGGUAAGGAAAAUGGCAGUGUUAAGAAGGGGGUGAUAUUUGCCACCUACUCGUCACUCAUCGGAGAAAGCCAUUCCACGGGGAAGUACAGAACAAGGUUCAAACAGCUCAUCAAGUGGUGUGGGAAAGACUUUGAUGGUGUGAUUGUAUUUGACGAGUGUCACAAAGCCAAGAACCUGUGUCCAGUGGGUUCUAGCAAACCAACAAAGACCGGCCAGACAGUACUGGAACUACAGAAGAGAUUACCCAUGGCCCGCGUGGUAUAUGCUAGUGCUACAGGGGCGUCCGAGCCCAAGAAUAUGGCGUAUAUGACCCGAUUGGGACUUUGGGGGCCUGGCACCCCGUUUCCAGAGUUUAACGACUUCAUUCAGGCUGUAGAAAAAAGAGGUGUGGGUGCCAUGGAGCUUGUUGCCAUGGACAUGAAGCUGCGUGGCAUGUACAUUGCUAGGCAACUGAGCUUUAAGGGCGUCACAUUCAAGAUCGAGGAAAUCCCCAUUGACAAAGAGUUUAUGAAGAUGUACAACGAGGCUGUACAAUUGUGGCAGGAUGCACGGGAAAUGUUUCAAGAAGCUGCUGACCUUGUUGGCGCCCAGCACAAGCUACGCAAGAGCAUGUGGGGUCAGUUCUGGUCAGCACACCAACGAUUCUUCAAAUAUCUGUGUAUCUCAGCCAAGGUUCCACACUGUGUUCGGCUGGCCAGGGAGGCAAUACGGGAUGGCAAGUGUGUGGUGAUUGGCCUACAGUCCACUGGGGAGGCUCGUACCCUGGAACAGCUGGAAGAGAUGGGAGGAGAACUCAACGACUUUGUCUCCACUGCCAAGGGUGUGGUUCAGACUGUCAUUGAGAAACAUUUCCCUGCUCCGGAUCAGCGCAAGUUCUUUGAUGCCUUUGGUCUCGGAAACAAUGUCUACAACAAUGAGGAUAGCAACUCUUCCACCAAUGGCCUGAAGAGAAAAAGAGAAUCUCUAGUUGGAAACCAAGCAAAGAAGUCUAAAGGUGAGAGCGAGUCUGAUUCCUCUUCAGACAGCGAGGAGAGCGACUUUGACCUUGGCCUAAGUGAUACCUCAGACGACGAUGAUGAUGAUGAUGAAUCUGAUGAUAAUGAUAACUUUAAUCCAUUUGGGAAUGGCUCGGAUAGUGAUGAGGAUCCUUGGUUAAAGAAAGCCAACAAGAAAGCAAAGGUGAAGCAAAUAAAGAAAGAAAAGAAGAAAAAGGAGAAAAAGAAAAAAGAGAAGAAAGAAAAAAAGAAGAGUAAAAAUGAAGAUGAGGAGUUUACAAGUCAGUUAGCGGCCGCGGGGCUGUUGAAGGGUGGCAGUAAUUCGGGGGCUGAUGGGCCAGGAAACACGGCAGGUGGAGAUUCAAUAGAGAAGGCAUUCCAAAUGAAGCGGGAGUUACUAGAGCGUGUAGAACUACUGGGAGACAGAUUGCCAGCUAACACACUGGAUCAGCUCAUUGACGAUCUCGGAGGGGUGGAUAAUGUCGCAGAGAUGACGGGCAGGAAGGGACGUGUAGUGUGUACGGAUGAAGGUAUCAGCUACGAGUCCCGCAGUGAGAACGACGUACCACUAGAAAUACUCAACCUCACAGAGAAACAGAGAUUCAUGGACGGAGAAAAGAAUAUUGCAAUUAUAUCCGAGGCAGCUAGCUCCGGUAUUUCCCUGCAAGCAGACAGAAGAGUGAUCAACCAGCGAAGACGUGUUCACAUCACUCUGGAGCUGCCCUGGAGUGCUGACAGGGCCAUCCAGCAGUUUGGUCGAACCCAUCGAUCCAACCAGGUGUCAGCCCCGGAGUACAUGUUCCUGAUAUCAGAACUAGCGGGAGAACAGAGGUUUGCCUCCACUGUUGCAAAACGCCUUGAGAGCCUGGGAGCUCUGACCCAUGGUGACAGGAGAGCCACUGAAUCAAGAGAUUUAAGCAGAUUUAACUUUGAUAACAAGUAUGGUAAACUUGCUUUGGAGUCUGUGAUGAAGACAGUGUGUGGAUUUGAGUCUCGGUUUGUGAAUCUGCCAGUGUAUGAACUUGGAAACUUCUUUGAAGAUUGCCAGCAGGCGUUUGUUGGUGUUGGGAUGAUUACGAAGGAGAGUCGAGAUGCCAUCCCCAUGCUGGAUAAAGAUUACAAUAACAUAAGCAAGUUCCUGAAUCGGCUACUGGGAGUUGAGGUGACCUUGCAGAACGCCCUUUUCAAGUACUUCUCAAGCACCCUCACCACCGUCAUUCUUGAGGCCAAAAAAAGUGGGCGCUGGGACAUGGGCAUCAUGGACCUGGGCAGUGGUGGAGAAAGCGUGAAGAAGUUGGAGACGAAGGUGUUUGUAGGCAAUACAGCGACCAACACUGCAAAGACAGAGCUUGUUACCGUGAGCGUUGAGCGCGGUAUGUCAUUCCCAUCAGCAUUUGACAUCUGGAAGAAAUACACUGGUGUCAACGAUGGAUUCUACAUCUCCUUGCAGGAUCGGUCGAUACGUCGGUUUGCCAUUGUGGCCGCAUACCAAGGCUCCUAUAACAAGAAGAAAGAGAAGCUGUUUACUGUCUACCGGCCCAACACCGGUCUACAGCCUAAACAAGAAACUCUCGAGGAGAUUAAGAAGAAAUACAAGAAGGUGUUGCCAGAGGAGGCCCAGAGAUACUGGGAGGAGCAGUACAACAUGUCGGCCAACACCUGCAGUCACGCCUACUGGCGUGGUCAGUGUAAGAAGAUCAGUCUGGGCUUGCCUUGUGAGGUGGGUCUACGUACCCGCACCUACUACGUGCUGAGUGGCUCCGUGUUGAGUGUCUGGAACAAGGUGGAGAGUGUGCUAGCCUCCCUUCCUUCAACAAUGCAGACAAAGAUGCAGAUCAUACGACUGCGAACUGAUGAUAACCAGAGGAUUGUUGGGAGUUUGAUCCCGAGCAAUGCAGUUCAGCCACUAUCGAACGUGUUGGGCCAAUCCUGCAGUAAAACUUACACUGAAAAGCACUCCGGCAGCGCAAAACCUACAUUGAAAGAGGAAGCGGCAGCCUCUGACAAUAUCGAUGCCCCACCUAGUCAGCAGCAUUCUACACCCCAAACACCUCAGGCGGUCUACAGUAUGCCGGUGUUUGUGUGAACAGUUUGUCGGUGUUUGCGUGAACAGUGUGCCGGUGUCUGUGUGCACAUAAGGGGUAUUUAGAGGAUUACCUUAAGACACUCAAAGUCUGGUGUUUUUGCUUCCAUGUACGUGAAUACUGUCCUUUUAUAGAGGACAAGGACAACAGCAGACAAGUUUCCAUAAAGGUUGUGUAAAUGUAUGGAAUAGGAGAAGGUUUAGUUUUGUUGGGUUAAAGUCGUGUUACCGAAACAUGUAAGCCUAAGGAAGGAAAAUCUACUGUUAUUUUGUAAACAUAUGGAUUCCAAACGUACUUGUUUGUUGUUCAGCACUAUUAUACACUUUGCCAAUGAAUAUAUCUUAACCGCAAGCUUUUGUCAUGUAUUAAAAUUUAACAAUUCAUAUCUGUCCAUUCAUUGUACAAUCACAUCUUUGUAAGCAAAGCUAUAUCCAUAGAGGAAUUUUUGAUGGAAAAUUUUAUAAAAUGGAAUUAUGGAAUUUUCAUAAAAUAGGAUGUGUUUUUGUCAAUCUGCUGACUGUGCCAAGGGUCGUCAUUGAAAAUGCUUUUGUCUUUUUCCCCAGGUGUUUCUGCCAAUUUGUUAUUAAAUUUGAAAGUUUCAAAGUCUAUCAAUUGAAAGUGUCAUUGUUUUCAUUUAUAAGAUAUAAAUAUGCAAGUACACAAUAUACCGUAAAUGACUGGUUAUAAGACGAUAGGGGGUAUUAGACGCAGGGAAAAAAAUCUGUGAAAAGUCGGAGAAAAAACCUUUUAAUCUAUGUGUUGGUUAAAAGACGCAUAGAAAAUAUGUCAAAAACGUCUGUCAAUUUCGGCCACCAUGUUUGUUGACAGUGACGAAAAAUAUUUUACCCUUAUGUUGUGUGGGUUUGUUCUCAAAAUGUCAACACCUACAGAAAAGAAUAAAGUUCGCGUAAAUGUGUGAAAAAAACAAGACCAUUAUUGCAUCAAUUUGUAGUAUUGGUAUGUUAAACAGAACAAAAGGCAAUGCGAGUUUUUCACACCUUAUCAUACAACUGACAAAAAAUAUUUUGACAGUGCCCAACUUUGCUUUCUUAUAUGCAAGUUUAAUUAUUGUUCAAUUCAAUUUAUUAUUAAAAAUAAUAUUGAAUAACUUAUUUAAUCGAAAAAUCUUUUUGUUAAAAUUAUAAACGUCUUACGAUAUACCGUAUCCCGAUCUUUAACUGCCGUUUUAACCCAUAUAUAAUCGAUCAAUAUGACGCGAGUAACAUCCCUUUCUACAUAAAUCUAAACAAACUCUCGGCUUGAAAUCGACCUCAGAAAAAAAGUUCAACAAAUUGUUACUGGGUAUUAUACGCAGGCACUUUUUUGCAUCGGAAUCUGAGGGAAAAAAGCGCGUCUAAUACCCAGUCAUUUACGGUAAUAGGUUCUGUCAACAUUCACAGUGUCCGACAAGCCCAUGGGUAAUAUGUUUUCUGGGCUCUCCUUAAUUCUGGAUCUUAUAUAGGUGUGGCCAUAUUCAUAAAACAUCUUAAGUCAUUUCCUAACUUUCUUCAGGAAGUAUCUCACUGGUCAUAAGAUAUAUUCACUUAAUUGUAUCUUAAGUUCUUUAUUUUCAUUAAAUUUAUGUAAUAUACGCAGUUUUAUGUUGAAAACACUUGUUCAUUUCUCAAAAUUUGACUGUAACAUUUAAGAAAACUGCCUUAAGUUAAUAAAUGACUUAAGAUGUUUUAAGAAUAUCCACUCAGGGCUUGUUGAAAUGGCUUGCUCAUUUAAAAGUUUAACUUCAAUGACUGCAACAGCAGACUUGACAUACUAUUAUCAAAUUUGGUAUUCAGUCUUAACUUGGUACCAUAUUUUUUGACAAAUAAGUAUUGCAAGCACAUCUGAAUAAAUUGGUUCCAAUGUUAACAAUAUUUUUUUUAAAAUGGCAAUACAAUUUAAAACAUUCCUGUUGUUAAAUCAGCAUUUCAUUUACCGAAGUUAAGAAGUUUAUAUAUUUGUAUAAUUUUUGGUAAAGUUUUAAAGCAUGAAUUGACAUAGAAUUUUGGUCAAAUUUUCAUUUUAAUUGCUUGAUCAUGGUUGUUUGUGAAAGACUGCAAUGAAAAUAAUCAUACUUCAUUUGAUUGUCUACCCAGUUUUAAUCAUCUCUAGCGUUAAGUGGUUGCAAGGUAAAUAGAGUUUGCCAAUGUUAAAGCUGCAGUCCACACAGAUUGACCGAUAAACCUUUUUUUAUUUUUUGGUCUCAGAAUCAGCUGAUUUGGCAUCAAUCCCUUCAAUACAGUCAUAUAAGUUGACUCAGAACAGAACAAAUCCCAAUUGUUUGGUAAACUGCCAAAUAUUUCAUUUUUCUUAAAGUGUUAGUAACGCUUUUAGCCAUAAAACAUCAAUUUUUGAAUGUAAACAUGAAAAAUCUGCGAUCUGAUUUUUUGUCAGCUGUCUUAUGGCACUAGUUUAAGACAUUAAGGCAAAUAUUGCAUUGGCUCAUUCCAAGACAAAAAAAUGAGAAAAGUUGUCAAAACGGUCAAUGUGUGAGAGAGCAGCUGUAAUGUAAUUCCAUAUACUAUGUGAUAUUUGAAUCCCUUGAACAUGUAUCCUUGCCUUUUCGUAUUAUACUACUUAAACACCAUGUGCUGUAUAUACAUGUAUAUUAGAUCUCUAUUGUAUAUUUUCCUUUAGCUUGCUACGGUGACAAAAUUUGUAUAUGCUUAGAUAACCAUCUGUAUUAUAACGACUGGCUGUGAAUGAUUUGUUUUGAGAUACAUUGUACAUGUUGUAAUUGCACAUUAUUGAUAAUAAGUUAACUCUAUCGUAAACAUGUAUAUAUGUUGCAAUGUAUAUAGAGUGAAGACGAAUGGGAAAAGUGACGUCAUGUAAUACAUUGUAAAGUGUCGAAUAGCAACUAUUGGUGUAAUUUUUGUAGAAUUAUAGAUUUUCAUGUGGGUACCCUCAUAUAAGAAUUAAAACAAAAUCAUGCAUGUAAAGUUACUCAAAAUUACAUGUAAUCAUUAGUAUAGCUAUUAUUAGUUGUUUUUUUCCUUUAAAAAAAAAGAGUUAUUGUCAUAGCCGUGGUGUCAUCGGCGUUGUCCUAGUGUAAAUGGUUUAAUAUUGGUACAUAACUUUGGCUUUAAUAAUUGUUAAGUUAUAGCCCUUGUUGCAGAAGAGUGUGUGCGUUUCACUCACUCAUCUUAUUAUUCAAUUGACAAAGUAAGAUGAACAUAUAUUGUCUUUCAAGACUUGAAUAGUUUUAAAUACACCUUAAAUACAAAUGCUUAUUUUUCUUUGUGCAGAAAUAUAUAUUACAGACUAUACAACACCACAAGUACUUAACAAACACUUACAUUGAGGAAAGAAUGUAUGAAGCUAUAAAUAUUGCCUUAAAGGCUCUUUGUGUAAGUUGGGUUUCUACCGAUGUCUUUCAGAAUAUCAAAAUAAAUCUUGUAACCUGAAUGCUUGCUCCUAAGAAUGCCUGUGUUAAAACGUGAUUGAUGUUAAAAUCUUAGAUUUUAAUUUUGUUUUUCUUCAGUUUCAUAAAUAUGUUCGCCUAUAUUGUUAAUAUAUGUCACUGCAUACCAUUUUUGUGUCUUACAGUUGAUGAAUUUAUUAAUAAAAAUAUGUCAAGAAAAAGGUAUUACAUAGAAAAAAAUAUGUUAUGUUUGUAAAUGUUUAAAGUAUUAUUCCAUGUGUUGAAUACAUUGUAAACACCUUUAUUGGUGGUGAAAAUAAUGACUAGAGGCUUUUUUUUAGUUUUUCAUAUGUGUGUUAAUGUGGUUUGCUAAUCUCUUUAUCAAAUCAUCAAUUCCCUUAUUUAAAAAAUAAAUAAAAUCUUACUAAAAAAAAUUCUAAAAAAAUGUUAAAAAUUGUUACCUUUGCCUAGAUAUACAUAGAUGUGUUGUUGUAAAACGUUUACAUGUAUAUCCAAAUUUAUUUCAAGCUUUGUUCACUAGAAGUAUACAAAAAGUUUCAUAGUUUAUGUGGGGAAAUUCAGUAAGAUAAGAAUCAGGAAGACUGGUCUGCUUCAUGAAAGAUUCUGUUGUUAUUUCAAAAUUCUUUACAGUUAGCAUCAUGUAUUUGUUUCCUUGACUGUGUUUUCAACUUAGAUAUUGGUUAAAGUUCAGUCAUAAAUAUUAUGAAAAUAUGACUCGUAAGAUGAUAUCACUUUACAUUUUACCCAGCAUAUUUAUGCUUGCAAAGUGCUGAAGCGUUGUGACUCUUUUCUAGAUCUUUUUAUUAGGUUUAAUCUGUAAUCAAAGAUUGUGUCAAGUAAAAGUUUCAUUUUGAAGUGAUCUUGCUGUUGAAUUUGCAUGGCUGAAGGAAAGCUGUUAAACUCCUUUUCAAAAUAUUCUGCAUUUUAUCUGCAUAGAAUUUUCAUUCUUAACUUGUCUCCCAUUUAAUUUUGCAACUUUCUUAAACAUUUUAUAUUGAAUUGCUUUGUAUUAUAAUUGUUAAAGUUUGAUAUUGUGUACAGAACUGGUUUGUUUUUAUUUCUUCUGUAAUUGUUGCUGUUGCCAUUUUGUUUUAUUUAUUUUUGUUGUUUUUCUGCAUUUUGAUCAUUUUCCUAUAUCCUACAUCCAUUGUUGUGUUCAUAUCUCUCAUAUUCAUUAUUUGUUUUCUAAGGUCAGAAAGUCAAGUAAUGUGAUAGUCAUGGUAUUCGUGUCAGCGUUGUCCAAAAACUAGGCCAUAACACGAAAAAAAAGCAUUGAAGACAUUGUAAUGAAACUUGGCAUACGUGUUGCAAGAAACUUGGUAUACAUGUAUAGUCAUGGUGUUAGUGCUAGCAUUGUCCAAAAACUAGGCCAUAACACGAAAAAAAAAGCAUUGAAGACAUUGUAAUGAAACUUGGCAUACGUGUUGCAAGAAACUUGGUAUAGAUGUUGCAAGAAACUUGGUAAACAUGAUACAAGAAACUUGAUAUAGAUGUUGCAAGAAACUUGGUAUACAUGUAUAUUCAUGGUGUUAGUGCUAGCGUUGUCCAAAAACUAGGCCAUUACUCGAAAAAAAGCAUUGAAAACAUUGUAAUGAAACUUGGUAUACAUGUUGCAAGAAACUUGGUAUAGAUGUUGCAAGAAACUUGGUAUACAUGUUGCAAGAAACUUGGUAUAGAUGUUGCAAGAAACUUGGUAUAGAUGUUGCAAAAUACGAUAUGCUCAUGUUAAGCAAACAACUGCUGUAAUCAUUGUAUUGUGAUGUCCCUUGAUAGACUGGAAACAAAAUAGACGGCGCUCAUGUUUAAUAUUGAGUUUUGAAAGGCUUUGGUUUGUAAUUGGAUAUUUUGGCAAGUUCUGUAGUAUAUAAAUAUAUACUUUUGUCUGAGGGUUGUUGUUUAAAAGUUGUUUUAUGGGCUUAGCUUGAGUUCUCAUUUAACAUUGCAUGAAAGGGUUGCUAGUUUAAAUGCACAUAAGACUAUUGCUUGUUUAAAUGCUAAUUUGUUGAAUUUGUCCUAAAGGAUAUUGUGCAUUUUGAUAUUAUGUAUACCCAUGUAUGUCUUUAAAACGAUGAUUCUAAAGAUUUUGUAAAACAUUAUUCUUUCAGUAUUUCCAUUUUUGAAACUGUGAAAUCAUUUUUUUUUACUUUUUCUUAGCAUGUCAUGAAUGCUUCUAGUGAUCAAGUUUGCUCAGAAAAGUAAUAAAGAGACCAAUACCUGUGGCCAAUACAGUCAGUCAUGAAAUGUUUGGCCGUCAGAACAAAUUGUAUUAGGGAAAUACAUUAUUACAGUCGAAAUUAAUGUGGUGUUCCGAAAGUUAAUUGUUAGCUCCCACACUUCUGAAUAUGAACUCCCUACCAAAUGUCAUUUCUUACCUUGUUUGGAAUUUGAACACUUUGAAAUGUCCUGGUUUUACUCCUACAUGUAACUGUGCACAUGCGCUGUAAAUUUGGACAAAUAAAAUUGUUAGUCAUGACAUCGCUGUAAGUAGACUAGUAAGAGUUCCGCCAUUUUGUGUCCAUUUUCAGUUUUUGGAUUGAUCUUCAGCUUAAUAAUGGUAGUAUUAUAUUUUUGUAGAUGAACAUCUCUGAAUUUCAAAUGCAUGCAAGAUCUGUCUAUAACUUUGUUCCACCAUAGGAUUUUUGGUCCAAGGUCUCCAAAAAAUGUCACUUUUGUUCUUGGAAUAAAUUGAAAUCUCAAAAUUGUAAAUAUAUAAUUUUCGCCAAGAAAUUUGCUUUUGCCAAUAGUCCUGUGAUGUGACAUAAUUAUAGGAACCAAAUUGAUAAGCACUACCGUAGUUGAAUACCAGUCUAUAUAUAUGAAUAAUGUUGUGAGUAAAAGAAUACCAGUCUAUUUAUAUAUAGAAACUGUGUUGACUGAAAGAAUGAGUGUAUUUUCCAUCCAAUGUGAUACUAUUUAUUGUGCAUACUAAUGUCUCGUUAAUAUAACCCCACAGGGAUCAGAUGCAAAAAAAUGUAUAAAAAUAAACCAAGAAAACUA